AUGAACCUCUUUGUUGAACAUUUGAAAGUGUACCCCAUUGUGCAACAUUUGAUGAUGAACCCCAUUGCUGAACAUUUGGAGGUGUAUUCCAUUGUGGAACAUUUGAUGAUAAACCCCAUUGAUGAACAUUUGGAGGUGUACCCCCUUGUGGAGCAUUGGAGGAUGAAUCCCAUUGCUGAGCAUUUAGAGGUGUACCUCAUUGUGGAACAUUUGAUGAUGAACCCCAUUGUUGAGCAUUUGGAGAUGUAUCCCCUUGUGAAACAUAUGAUGAUGAACCUCAUUGCUGAACAUUUGGAGAUGGUCAUGCAUGUCCAUCUUUCAUGCAUAGCUCAUGUACUUGUCCUGACAUACAUUUAA